AUGGCUGCCUCAGCUUCCAUGCAAUCACUUCUAGCUAACUCAGUGGCUUAUGGAGCUGGAAAGAGCAAAUCUCUGAGGGUGAAUCGCCUUCUUCCUGCUAAGUAUGCUCCAACUCUACAUAGGUACCCUAACAUGAGGGUGCGAUCUAUGGCCGAGAAUGGUCAGGAAGAGCAACCAUCUACAGCGCCAGAGGCAUCUAAAAUUCCUCCACCACCUCCUACACCUACUCCUCCUCCUAAACGUAGUCCUAAGAUUAGCACUAAGUUUUCUGACGUUUUUGCGUUCAGUGGGCCAGCCCCAGAGAGGAUCAACGGUAGGCUUGCAAUGGUGGGGUUUGUUUCAGCUCUGGCAGUGGAGCUAGCCAAGGGUCAGGAUCUGUUUGCUCAGAUAUCCGACGGUGGAGUCUCGUUGUUCCUUGGCACCAGUAUUUUGCUGUCAGUGGCAUCUUUGAUACCUCUUUUUAGAGGGGUGAGCGUGGAGUCCAAAUCAGAUGGGAUCAUGACCUCCGAUGCUGAGCUUUGGAAUGGAAGGCUGGCCAUGUUAGGUUUGGUAGCUUUGGCCUUCACUGAGUAUGUGAAAGGAGGGACCCUUGUGUAG